UGGUGUGCCGCGGAGGGCAGCAACCCAAGACCUGCCUCUUGCCCGGCCUCCUGCUCUUCUGAAAGGCAGAAACCCGAACCUCUCAGCUGUGUUAGCAGAACUGCUUCCUCUUCCUGCCAGGGACCAGCUAUAACACCUCCCCGCCGCGUCUCAGCCAGAACUGUUAUAUCCAAGGUAUCUGCGCUUGUUUAAUAAGCGUGCCGGGCUCCUGAUUGCAGUCCUUGCACCCGGUUUAUGUCCCGUGUAGGAUCGGACACAACUGACCCGGAGCAAAGCUGUGCUGUGAGAGCCGUAUCCUCCCCGUAUCCAGAGCCUGGGCAGCCGCGCUGGACGCUGGGGAUGGUUUUGUGAACAGCAGACUAACGUGAAACCGUCUCCUCCUGCCUGAAACUGAAAGCCUGACUCUGCCAUAUUCCCCACCAUGGGUGACAUGAAGACUCCAGAUUUCGAUGACCUUCUUGCAGCGUUUGAUAUUCCUGACAUCGACACAAAUGAGGCCAUCCAUUCCGGCCACGAGGAAGCUGACGCUCACAUCAAGCAAGUCCCUGGGGAGCCAGGACCCCCUGACCACGUGCUCCCUCACACAGACAUCACCGCUGUCAGUGUGAUCGUCAAGAACACCGUCUGCCCCGAGCAGCUCGAUGCCCUGGACGGGCGCAGUAAAGAUGGACACGUCAUCGGACCGCGCUUGCUGCAGAAUGGCUUUGGGGCCACCGAGAUGCCCAGGUCCCCCACCUCCAGGUCUGUGGAAGCUGUGGCAUCCUCCAAUGGGGAGUGUUGGGUGAAAGAAAAAGGCCCCAAAGCCCUGGAUAUCUUCUCCCAUUUUAGCCCCGAUCCCAAUGAAGACAAUGCUGCCAACCUGAUUGACAGACCCCGGGAGUGUAAGCCGAAAGAGAAGUCCCUCGCUGUGCCCUCCCUCUCCCCGUCUCCCACCCCGUCGCUGGACUGCAAAGAGCCCAUGGGAGAGAGCACGGAGAACCUGCCCCCAGCUUUCCCCCAGUCCUUCGAAACCAGCCAGGCAGGGGGGGCAAACGGGUCCCCUCCUACCAUCCCCUGCAUCAAAAAAGAGGAGUCCGACUCGGAGGAGGUGGGCCGCGAAGCCAGCCCCAAGGGUUUGGCUGCAGCCUUGGGUGACAGUCCCUUGGAGCACCUGAAAUCGGUCACCGUUCGCUACUCCACAGAUGAUUCUCCCAUCACAUCCUGGCCCGGUUCUGACCCAAACCUCGACAGCAGCGCCAGCAACCUUCCCGAAGUGAAACGCUCGCCCGCCAGCCCCCGGGAGCCGUUCUUCAAGCCUUCCUCGCCAGUGGUACAAAGCCCCAGGCUCCCCACUUCUCCAAAGCAGCUGGACAACAUCACCCUCAAGGAAGAGCAAGAAGUUCUGGAGAAGUCGAUGGGAAGUCCACAGAGUAUGUCCAGUGCUGAGGAAGAGGAGGAGGAAGACGACAACAACAACGAUUCCCCUUCUUCCAAUUCCUCGCGACCCCUGAAAGUGCGGAUUAAAACCAUCAAAACAUCUUGUGGCAGCAUCACCCGGACAGUGACCAGGGUCUCAUCAGAUUCGGAGCCGGGCUCCACCAAGGGGCCGGCCGAGCAGAGCUCUCAGGAGACUUCUCUUGAGGGUGCCGGCUUCUCAGCAUCGGCAGAGAAAGAUGAAGGGAUCGCGCUAGAGGUGCCCAAGGAGAAAAUGGAGCUCUCCAGCCCCUUGAAAACCAUCGAGGGGCCAAAAAUUAUCAGUGUUCAGCUUGGCAACGGCACCAAGCUCAAAGGGACUGUCCUGCCUGUCUCCACCAUCCAGAACGCCAGCAGCGCCAUGCUGAUCGCUGCCAGCGUGGCUCAGCAAAAAUCCGUGGUGCUGCCGGCAAAGACGGGUAAAGCCGUGGCCAAGAACAUCAUCAAUCUGGUGCCGCAGACCCUGCCCAAAGCCGACACCAGGACCAACGUCAGCACCGUGACGCAGACCACCACCAUCACCACCACGGCCAACCAGAAAGUCAACGGCACCACAGUGGUGAUGGUGCAGCCGCAGAAGCCUUCCCCUACCAUCGCGGGCACGGUCAUUUCCCGGAGCCAGUCCAGCCUCGUGGAAGCCUUUAACAAGAUCCUCAACAGUAAAAACCUCUUGCCAACGUACAAACCCAACCUGAAUCCUCCGGCCGACGCGAGCCUCACCCUGCCUCCCUUCGGUUACCGCUGCCUGGAGUGCGGGGACUCCUUCGCCCUGGAGAAGAGCUUGGCUCGCCACUACGACCGGCGAAGCAUGCGCAUCGAGGUAACCUGCAACCACUGCACCAAACGCCUCGUCUUCUUCAACAAGUGCAGUUUGCUCCUGCACGCCCGGGAGCACAAGGACAAGGGCCUGGUGAUGCAGUGCUCCCAUCUGGUCAUGAGGCCCAUCGCUUUGGAUCAAAUGAUCGGACAGCCGGACAUCACCCCCCUGGUCUCGGUGGCUUCCUUCCCCGCUAGCAAAGUGACUGGUGUGGCUCAGGAUGCCUUGGCCGCGGCCAACGGGGCUCAGGACCUCCCCAUCCUGCCUCUGAGCAACAGCUCGGAGCAGACCAACUACAGCUGCUUCAGGUGCCUGGAGUGCAAAGAGCAAUGCAAAGACAAAGCCGGGCUGGCCGCGCAUUUCCAGCAGGCAGUGACCACGGGGACCACCAGCAGCACGGUUUGUACGACGUGUCCCAUGAUCAUGUCCAAUCGCUGCAGCUUUAACGCCCAUCAGCGGAUGCACAAAAACCGGCCUCCCCACGUCUGCCCCGAGUGCGGAGGGAAUUUCCUCCUGGCGAACUUCGAGGCCCACCUGAAGGAGGCCUGCCUGCACUUCUCCCGCAGAGUGGGGUACAGGUGUCCCAGCUGCGCCGUAGUCUUCGGCGGGGUCAACUCCAUCAAGUCCCACAUCCAGACCUCCCACUGCGAGGUGUUCCACAAGUGCCCCAUCUGCCCCAUGGCAUUCAAGUCAGCCCCCAGCGCCCACGCGCACGUCUACACGCAGCACCCUGGCUUCAGCAACCAGCAGUCCAAAAUGAUUUACAAGUGUGCAAUGUGCGACACAGUCUUCACCCACAAGCCGCUGCUCUCCUCCCACUUCGACCAGCAUCUGCUCAACCAGCGGGUCAGUGUCUUCAAGUGUCCGGACUGCCCGCUGCUCUUUGCCCAGAAGCGCACCAUGCUGGAGCAUCUCAAGAACACUCAUCAGCCCCAGAAGCCCAAGGAAGACCUGGCGAAGAAGGCGGCCGUGCUGCUCACACCGAAGCAGGAGCCUGUUGAAACCCCCGUGUCCAAGAUCUCAGACGAGUCUUCGUCCUCCACAGAGGAGGAUGAGCCCCCCAGCUCCCCAGAGCUGCGCAAGACCAAGCGCAGCCGCUUCCAGCGCAAGACAGUCAACAAGUCGAAGGGCAGCGGGUGGACAUGCGGCGUUUGCCACUCCUGGUUCCCGGAGCGUGACGAGUAUGUCUCCCACAUGAAGAAGGACCACGGCAAGUCGGUGAAGAAGUUCCCAUGCCACCUGUGCGAGCGUUCAUUCUGCUCCGCUCCCAGCCUCCGGAGACACGUGCGAGUGAAUCAUGAAGGGAUCAAGCGCGUUUAUCCCUGCCGGUACUGCACAGAGGGCAAACGGACCUUCAGCAGCCGCCUCAUCCUGGAGAAACACAUCCAGGUGCGACACGGGAUCAAGGUGACCGACCAGACAAAGAGCCAGGAGGUCGUUAUCGCCCGGAUAGGGACCGGCGCCACGCAGGUGUCCGGUCGGAAGCGGAAGCUGUCCUCGGACGAGGGCGACUCGUGCAGCGAGGAGCCUGACAGCACCACUCCUCCCUCCAAAAACCCCAAGGGCGACCGCAAGGCCCCCUUCCGGUGCCGAAAAUGCGGUUACCUCGCCAGCAGCUCAGCCGACUUCCAGGAACACAUCCCCCAGCACCGGACUGACGAGAGCUCCCACCAGUGCCGGGAGUGCGGGCUCUGCUUCACCUCCCAGGUCUCCCUCAACCGCCACCGCUUCAUCACCCACAAGAAGAAGAAGGGAGCGGGCGAGAUGGAGGAGCCGGGGCCCCGCAGCCCCCUGGAAGGAGGCGCCCAGCACCCGGCCGACGGCAAGCUCUCCUGCAAGGUGUGCGGCCGGUGCUUUGACAGUCAGCUCAACCUCAAGACGCACUUCCGCACCCACGGCAUGGCCUUCAUCCGGGCCAGGCAGAACGCGAGCCCCGAAAACUAGGGCCCCGGCAGAGGGGGAACGAGACGUGUACAUAAUCAGCACAGAGCUCUGCGCCAGGCUGCCGGUGCCCGCCUGGGCUCCCCCUUCCUCCCUCCCUCCUCCCAGGCAGCGUUUCGACAUGGGGUUGGAUAAAGGAGCCGUGAAGAGAGACGAGAACCUGGCCGGCAUGAUCCGUCUACUCCGUGUGCCUGGCUCACUGAACCGGCUCGGUCGGCGUCCCCGUGGGGCCGGGGGCUCAGCCCACCCGGGGCUGUGAGCAAGAGCCGGGGGCAGGCGGGAUUUCGGCUGCCUUAUUGUACCGGAGAGGAAGGGCAGAGUCCGGACUUGCUGCCCUGCUCUCGGGGAGACCAAAUGGUUUGUUCGCUGCUCGCUGCUCUGUCCUCACACGGGGACGUGACCUGCCCCACAGCCACUGGUGUCUGCGGGGAGGGACAGUGGCCUUCCUCCCGCGGGGAUGAGGACGGGAGAACAACACCUCCUGCCCCGCGGCGGGUGUUGGCAAUCCUGAGUGUAGGGCUUUUCUCCUACGCCGCGGGUUUCUUCCCGGCCGCUCUCCCCAGGAUGCGCCGUGCUGGAAGGGAAGCCCUGGGGGAGUGCUGGAGCGUGGGGCAGGACCCGGGGACCAGCGGACACUUUGCCAUCGUGGGACAGAGACGUCUGUGCUGACAAUAAUGUCACAGCAAAAUCCACCUUUUUUUUUUCUUUCCCGUUUGAAUGUUGCUUAUUUUGUAUUUUGCCGGGAGCCGAGGGGAGAAGCCGGUUCCAGACUCGCGGCCAGUCUCCAUCGUCGCAGAGACGCCCCAGCCCCUCCUGGCUCCGCUCGCCUGCCAGACGCGCGAGGUCCCUCUUCACCACCACUUGCACUAACUCGAGGCGGCGCCGGCCUUCGGACACUCGUCGUUUUGUGGCCCGGGACGGCCGCACUCAUGCCCCGGCCGGCAACCUUCCCCGGGGAGGAGGAGGAGGAGAUUUUCGUUUGGCAGCGGGAACGCAAAAGCCCCAAAAAAGGCCACUGGAUGAGCUCGGUGUGAGCCCGGUGGCGCUGUCACCCCCCCUGCCCCGGCACCACGAAGCUGCAGCGGGUGUUUGCUGGGGCUGCAGCGAGGGGGGAUCCCCCCCAACCCCAUCCGGGAUCUGGGGUCCGUGCCGGCCGCUCUCCAGCUGAAGGAGCCACGAGGAGGGAACACCGCUGCCGACCCCCGCUGCAGACUGACACGCUGACGGUGAGUCUCGGGGGGCUUUUCCCUGGGGUGCUGGCGUCACCCGCUGCCACCCCCUUCCCGCCCGGCUUGGGGGGCCGAGGGCUCCGCUACCGACUGCUCCUCUUCCUCGGCAAUCCCCUUCACGGGCUUCCGGUGCGGCUCAGGACCACGGGGCCAGAUCGAGCUCCCCCUUGGCCACUGUGAACCACGUGUGUGUGUGUGUGUGUGUCCCCCGCACACGUGUGUGCGAGAGCUCGACAGUGGGGUCACGCCCAUGCGGGGCUGUCACCGCGUCCCCCGUUCCCCCCCCCCCCCAGUUACCUUCGGGGAAGGUGAAAAACAAAAAAAAAAGCCGGAAAAGAAACUUUCUACUUGUUCUGUUUGUUUAGCGCCUGUGCUUGGGGUAGGGUGUUUGUGUGAGUAAUUAUUUCAGUAACUUAACUUUGGGCUCCUCCUUAUUUCCUUGUGAAUAACCUCUAACACGCUGUGUAAAGUUGUAUCAUACACUAAAAGUGACAAAAAAACCCCCCAACUGUUGUGAUUUUGGGUUUUGUUUUGGGGUUUGGUUUUUUUUUUUUUCUCCCCACGUAUUUUCUGGGGUGGGGAAAGCUGGUUUGCCGGGCUUGGGAUUUGGUUUCUCCCCCCCCCCCCCCCCCCUUUUUUUAAGUGCAAGGGGCAAUCCUGCCCCUCGCUGCAGGUGGAUCCAGCUGAACGGCACACACAGAGGCAGGGGGCGGCUUUUAAAAUAAAAGGAGGAAAAAAACCCCAAAAGCAAGCAGCGGUUCCCACAGCCCCUGGGCCAGGUCUCCCCCCCCCCCCCGGCGCUGAGCUCCCCCCCGCACCCCCCCACCUUCACCCCCCCCAGACCCCCCCCCCCCAGCUGUAUCGCGUGGGGCUGUGAACGUGUAAAUGAUGUUUAAUAAUAGAGAAGAACCUAAAGUUUCUACGAGUUUUAGAGGAAGGAAACAAAUUGCUUUGUAAUCUCUUGGUUUUCCAGCACUUCAGUGCCUUUAGAGCGACUUCUGUUCAAGCGGGCGGGGGCGGCUGUAACUUGGUUUUGGGGGUUGUGAUGAUGCUACAUUAAAACUACGGGCACUGCAAGAGGCUCUCAGGUAUCCUUUAUUCUUGUAGUAAUAACGCAAUUAAACUUUUAGUGGUUUAA